CAAUUUGCAGAAAAGUACCGCUAAUGUAUUAUGGAAGUGAAGAUGAUUCGGUGAACGAUGUGAUAAAGGAAGUUGUCGAUAUGCUCUGUACUGUGAUAAGUAACGGUUCUUUGGGGAUUGAUAACGUGAUAACAACGAGUAACGAUAAGGAUGUAAAGGAACCCAUUUAUUCUAGUAGCAAGGAUUCUGCAGUAGAUUCAUCACCCGUGAGUGAAGAGGAAGGUGACAAUUGGACAGCAAGACAUUAUCGUAUGGGUAUUGCUGCCUUUCUUAAACAGGAUUCUCGAUUAGAGUGUAUGUCCUCUAGAAAAAGAAGUGUGGAUGUACUGUCAGAAAAAGGAAAUAAUAAUAUUUCCUCAAAUAAUAUUACGAGUCGAAAGACCGAUGAUGAUCAAGAAAUACCAAGAAAGACUGCACGACCGCAGUAUUCAAAUUUCAAAGAGGUGUUUAGGGAAAGAGAACUUUUCGUAACGAAGUCUGUCGAUUAUGGUUUCAAUAUGUCACAUUCCUGCAACAACUACAUAAAAAGCUGCAAAUGGAGCAGUUCGGGUAGUUAUUUAGCUACGACUAGUCAAGAUAGGAUAGCUCGGAUAUUCCACUUUGACCCUGAAAAUCUCAAGGUGAAACUUAAAUCUUCUAUGGGUAUGGGUGAUUUGAUCUAUGAUUCAUGCUGGCAUCCGAUCAGUGACUGGUUAGCAACAAGUAGCAAGGACCAUCCAAUCCAUGUGUGGGAUUCAGACGGACGAUGGUUGACAACAUUUCGUGGUAUUAAUAAUCUGGAUGAAUUGGAUAAUGCUUACUCUUUGUGCUUUACUUCUGACGGUUCCUGUUUAUAUGCUGGCUACAAAAGCUGUAUCAGGAAGUUUGAUAUGGAUCGUCCUGGACAUCAAGUUUCCGAACUGACUACAUGGAAUAAAGAGUCGAAGGGACAGAGGGGUAUUAUCUCUUGUAUUGCUGUCAGCCCCAUAUUACCAACAAAUUAUGCCGCUGGGUCAUAUGGCAGAACAGUUGGCUUUUAUUCGGACUAUUCGCCGAGUGUAGAAUGUAUGUUCGAAUGCCCACUGGCAGUAACCUUACUUCGCUAUAGUCCCGAUGGCAAUUUCUUGCUGACAGCGGGAAGAAAGGAUGAUGAUAUUAUUUGCUGGGACUUACGAUAUCCUGGAAAGAUAUAUAGCUUAUACAGCCGACCUUCGAAAACCAAUCAGCGUAUCUAUUUCGACAUAGACAGCUCAGGGACAUAUCUAUUCAGUGGCAGUAGCAGCGGUGAAUUAUACAUCUUUGAUCUGAAAUGCACUAACGGUGAUGAACCGGUAGCUCCCCAUGUCCGAUUAUCCGCGCAUAAUUCGGCAUUAUGUGGUGUGAGCAUUCACAAAGAACGACCAAUCGUAGCUACUUGCAGUGGACAAAGAGUCUUUCCGUUUCCUGAGCUCGACCAAAUGGAUGAUAUUGAUUCAGGAAGCACAUAUGAGGAUAUAAAUUCACCGGAACUUCUUGAUAAUUCUUUAGUACUGUGGUCUUUUGAUCAGUAG